AUGAGCCAACUACCGCUGCUCCCGCGACAGCAGCGCACAACAACGCGGUAUGAGCCUUUUGUUGAACAGAAAUCAGGCUCUGUAUUCCGCCCGAAGUUGCCCAGUAUCACCCGUAGUGAUAAGACCUUGCCGCGUACUGCUGUUUCGCUUCAGGGCAAGUAUGCGUCAUUGCACCGUGCAGCGUUGAUGGGGCUGUCGACAGGGUCUGCGGAAAGGGCAACGUUUCAGCGAAGGUCAGUGGAGGCGCUGCAGCGCAGUUUACAUUGGCUCAUGUACGAAGAGAGGCGGGAGCGUGCCUUAAUUGUAUCGACCGCAUUCGCAACAUCACCGGUGCAAUGUUACAGUAGUGGGAACGGGGUGAGCUCUCUGUCCCCUUGGCGGUUCGUGCGCGAGCCGCCUAUUCUCACCACGGACGCGGAGUUGAUGCGAAUGUUGAAAAAUGCCUUUAGAAGGGUCCUUGAACGCAAUACGUCUAUAACCGCGGCACCGCAGCAUCUUGAGGCGGAGGAAGCUGCCCGUCGUCAGUGCGACAUCGUUGAGCCGUGGUAUCGUCGCUGCACAACACUGGGGAUACUCCAGGAGCUGCUGCAGGGGAAGCUGAUGAUUUGGAACGAAUUUGUGCGGCAGCUUGAGGUGUGGCGGCAGUUGCUUGAGGUUGUUCGAGAAGAGAAGCUGGCCAGGUUGACCGUCCUCGGCCAAUAUAUAUCCUGCAGCACCCCGCUACCAUGUAAGUAUCUUCUUUGGGAUAUGGAGCUGCUCGAGGCAUCAAGGAUCCCCUUGGAGCCUGAAGUGAAUCUGCUCUGCCUCUUCGUCUCCACCGUGGUUGGGGAAAACGGCUUUCUACAGGACUCCUUGCUUGCCGAGCGAGAGGAGGAAUUAUCCGUCUUAGGUGGCCAGUACAAACUAAGUUCUUUAGCGUUUGAGGGGAUUCAACGCAUUCGCAGGGAUGAGGCGGAGCGGUUUGAAACUCUCCUGGGGUACAACGCAUUUUGCUUGAAGCUCGCGGAUGAGAAAAGUGAACACGCCGCAGUCAGGUGGCCUCGCCCACCAGGAGGCAAUUUGGUGGGAGGGGUGUCGCAUGGCGUGCGGCGUUCUUACCUGCAUCAUGUGGCGGAACGGCGGGGACAUGUUUUUCUUCCUUACUUUACUUACAUACGUAUUGUGAAGAGCCUUGGGAUGGAGCGGGCCACACGCGCGGAAAUCACUGCGUACGAGUUUGUGGAGCUUUGUUUCCUCAUGUACACAUAUGAGAGUCUCUGCCGGCGCGUUGUCGCCGCGGAGGAGGAAGUGCUCAUGCAGAAGUUGGUAGGCGAUGUGGAGGCACAAGAACGGCAGCUUCUCUGGUGGGCCGAAGCUGAGGCGCUGGAGCAAGAUAUUCAGCCUGACCAGUUUCGCCACCGCUCCCACGCACUGAUCCAGAGCCAGCGGGAGGAGCGUGCAAGGCAACUGCAGCGCACACGGCUGCAAGUGACCAUCCAGCUGCUCGUGGAGUAUGAACGGGCGCGUCGAGGGGAACUCGUGCUGCUUGAGACGGAGCUGCGGACCACGAGUCGGUGUACGUUUUACGCUGUCUGCGGCAGAGGAGGCGACAAAUGCGUGGUGCUGCGAUGGAUGCUUCAGCACCAGCUGCACUUAGUAAUACGGGAGGAGGAACGACUACGGUUGCUCAUGGUGAAUGACGAGGCCGACAGCAUCUUUGCUACAGCCACUGCGCACACGUGGCUGAUGGAAUACGGCGACACAAUGUAUCAGGCGGCCCGGCGGCAGAAGGUACAACACGCAGGCUGUCACCUCAUGGCGGAGCUGCAGCAGAUACGGGUGGGUGUAGAGUCACGCUGUCAGUGGGAACGUCAAGUUCUUUUCGAGGAGACACUAUGCGUUCCAGUAUGUACGACAAGGUCGAGCGUGAGCCCACCGGCUGACAGUGACUGCAGUGAGGCCGUGAACCCUGACUUGGAUAUUCGACGAGUCGUGGUUUCUGGCCUCUCUGAGUUCCUCCAAGACGAGGUGCUUCUCACCCUUUUCGGUUGCAUUGCACCGUAG